AAUACGAAAGCAUUCAAUUUAAUUUAAUGAAGACAUUUAAAUAUUCAUGUUACUGAGACCGAACAAACUUACCACUAAAUUUAUACGCGAAAAUUGCAAUUGGCUACUGAAAAUCGCAGUUAAUGAUGGACUUGGAAAAUCUAAGACGUGUUGACUGAGAUGGAGAGACGCGCUGAAGACGGAAGACUACGCCCUCCACAGCUUCAAGAGACAGGUCCCUCGCCGUCGUGGGAGCAGUUCGUCAGAGAAUCGUUAGUUCAGGCCGCGUGGCCUGUUGCACUCGUGGCGCCCCCACGACGAGCACUCACUGUGGACCACCACUCGUCAGCGAGUGAGCUGAUAACAAGACGCGGCGUUUUUUCCAGACGACAAUAUGGUUCCGUUGAACAGUUAUCAGGCACAAGCGACGGUGGUGGCGCUUUGGAUGCAGUGGUGCGCCGUUACCGGCUCGAAAACGGGAACUCUCUCGGCGAAAAGGAUGAAUUGUUCGGACCGCCCAGCGCGCCCGUCCUUGAGAACCCUGAGUUCCAAACAAGAUGGUACUUCAAAUACUUUCUUGGUAAAAUGCAUCAGAAUUACAUCGGCGUCGAUGGAGCGAGGGAGCCAUAUCUUCUCAGCGUUGUUCAGGAAGGGGGAGCAGGACUACUACGUGCCAUACUUUUUAACAAAAUGGGCGCACACAAAAUAUAUUUGCCACCGAGUGCCUGGAGUGGAAGCGGUGGUCAAGCAACAAGGCCGACGGUAAAACAAAUACUAGCCCAGUUUCCAGCUAUGGAGAAAGUAGACAAAGUACCGAGAGAGAUCACAUGCGCCGAAAUUCAGAAAGACGUUCUGCUGCUCGAAGAGCAAGAAGGCUCUGUGAACUUUAAAAUAGGCGUGAUGCUAAUGAAUCCAGGUCAGAAAACUGACGACGAGAUGCUUUCGAACGAGAAGGGCGACGAGAAAUGGGAACGAUUUAUUUCACUUUUGGGUGAUAAAAUUCGAUUACGAGGAUGGAACCGUUUCCGAGGCGGCCUCGACGUUAAAGGUGAUAUGACUGGCAGCCAUUCCAUUUACACGAUGCAUCAAGGACACGAAAUUAUGUUUCACGUCUCAACGAUGUUACCGUUUUCAAAGGAUAACAAACAGCAGUUGGAAAGAAAACGGCAUAUUGGUAAUGAUAUCGUGAAUAUAAUUUUCUCGGAUGACUCCGUCCACAAUACCUUCAACCCGCAGUGCGUUAAAAGCCAUUUCACGCAUAUUUUUGCCGUUGUAUCUGAAGUGGAAGGAGCGGGAUAUAGGUUGAGUGUUUACAGCGAUGACACGGUACCCCCAUUUGGACCUUCGCUGCCUUGUCCCGCAAUCUUCAGCGAUCCCCAACUCUUCAGGGAAUUUUUACUGGUGAAAUUGAUGAAUGGAGAGAAAGCCGCGUUUCAAACUCCCACUUUUGCAUUGAAACGACAAAGGACUCUUGAUACAUUGAUAAGGGACAUCUAUGCAGAGCAUUGUGCAGACCACAAAGUGCCCAUGUUGUCACGACGCGCGCUCUCUGACGUCUGGUCCGGAGGUGCUGGGGCAGGAGCCGGGGCGGCGAGAACCGAAAGAUUCUUACAUGUUGGUCAAGCUCUUAAACUAGACGCGGUCUUAAGAGGCGACGCCCCAACCAGUCUUGUUUCUACAGGUUGCGGUGGCUUAAGACGUGCACCUUGGGAAGGUCGCGUGUGGAGAGCUGCUCCUCUUCCAGCAUCUCCUGUUUGCGCUGAACAAUUAGCAGAAGGACGACUACUCCUGUCUACUACCUCAAAUACUUAUAUUUUAGAAGAAAGUGGAACUACACGCGUAGUCCUCAGAUGGGAAGGUUGCGUGCGUGCGGCGCGUGUGAGCGAACGCGCUGGCUUGUUCCGCGUUGGAGCGCGUGUUGUGGCAGGCGGGGGCUCGACCACGGGAGGGGCCGGCGGUGCGGGAUUGUACGCGCUACCACUGCCCGAACUCUGCGCCGGCGCCUGGGCAAUGCGACCGCUGCAGGACUGUAAACACGCACGACUGCCGCGUACCAAGACCGCUCAAUACUUCGAUGUCCUGGAGUCAGUUAACGGAAAUAAGACAACACUAGCAAUAGCAGUCGGUAGAAGAGUGAUGCUCAUGAUCGAAGAAGUUAAGGCUGACUAUGAAAUGGGAUUCGAGUACGUACAUAUCAAGGACAUUCAAUUAAGCGAAACGCCGACCCUCAUCAAGCUGAUGGACGGUGAAGUUGAAACAAUGGUGGUCGGCUACAAACACCAUUGGGAGAUUCUCGACACAAACAGUGGCCAAGGUGUGAAAAGAGCCGAAAAUUCCGAAGACCCUGGAACCCGACGCGGGACUCUAGUCAAUGCUCUGAGGAUUGGCGACGAAAGAGACGGACAAAUUGUAUUAUGUUACAAUCAUACAUGUCACUUUGAGAGGCUAACAAGCAAAGGAUUAGAGAGCGACGGAGAAUAUGACUUUCAUUGGACCACAGUUCCCGCUGCCAUCGUUUGUGCUUUUCCAUAUAUAAUGGCCUUCGCGGAAGAUUUACUGGAGAUACGAUUAGUGGCAAACGGUUCUCUGGUGCACGCAGCCUGCAUACCGGGCUUAAAGCUUCUGUGCGGACGAAUGGAUAUAUUCUACGUGGCCUGUGCCCCGGAAUACGUACCAUUGAGCCGUGAGAUAGACCCGUGCUUGAGUCUGCACGACUACGAACUAGUCAAGCAGAUGAACAAACAAAGCGGCCCGUAUUCACUGGAUGAAGAUGAAAACCACGAAAAUAAAGGCGACGCGGCUCAUGCGAAUCGAACAUCCGAAGACAACUCAGCCUCGAGCAGAAGCAGCUCUAUAUCAUCAGAACAGGAGAACAUUAGGCCUCCAUUACAAAGGAUGGCGCCUAUAUCACCGCCUACGUCACCACAAGUAAUGCCAGAGAACAGUCGUUGCGUGCGUAUUUACAAAAUACCACAGAGUAACCUCAGCGCGGGUACUUACCAAAGACAGUCUGUGUCAGCCGAUCAAGUCGUCACCUCCUACUUUCCAGACAGACCAAACAGCAUCAGACAGAGACUAGCGGAGUUGAGAUUAGACAGCAAGUCUAGAGGAGGAGGCGAUGACGAAAAUUUGUGAAUGAAUCAUGUUUCAUCAAAUGUACGAUGAAAAUAAGCCGCUGCACAAUUUUAAAUUCGUUUGUAAAAUAAAACAAAAAGGUUUUAGAAUAGCUUGUUAAAUGAGGUUAACUCUAUCGAAUGUUGUAAACGUUGACUUAUUCCAUUAAAAUAGAAUAUAAAAUUGAAUACAGUUACAAUUAGACGUGUAUAUUCAGAACGUAUAUUUUUUAAAUAAAAAUUGUUGGUGAUAAAUGCGUAUUAUAUUGUUAUGGAUCGAUGGGAUUAAUGUGAUCUUUAAAGUAAGUACAACGCAACACAUCACUCUUCAAUCGGUACUUAGUAAUAUAAGUAAUAAGUGGGCUAUUGAACGCGUAGCCUUCGCGUAUGAAAUAUGUAAAAAAAUGUGCAAAUUCACAAAAAAAUCAUAAUAAAUUUUAUGAAUGUUGUUGCAUAGGAUGAGCAUGUUGAAUGAAAUUAGAAAAGUUCAGAAGGACGAAAAUGUAAAAUUUAAUCCGAUUAAUGUCGGAAGUACUACAUUGAUAUUACAAUGACAUUAACCAUUAGUAGGUACCCUAUUCUUAGAUCUGAUUAAAAUAUUUUAUUAAGUGUGACAAAGUAUUUAAAUCUGAAAAAAAAGAGAUUCGCAUUUGGUCCACAUUUCCAUCUUUCAUUUAUUUCAAAAACACUUACUUGAUUCGCCAUCUAAACUAGUCUUUGUUGAUAAUUAUAUGAUAUUUAUAACAUUAUCCAUUAACUUUAAUUUCCAUUUUUUAAAUUUAAAAAUAAUAUAGCUAUACUUAAAGAUGCAUUUGUACAACUUGUAUUUGGGUAUACUAAAUAAGCAUUUGUUAUUCUUAAGAUAUUCUUUGAGUCACUUGACUUGGAAAACUUUAAGACAUAAAGUGAUUUAUAAAUAGUGGAUAGAAUUUAAGUAAUAAAUGAAUGUAAGUGUACAAGAGGGCGAAACUCCAUAGUUUUAAAUAAAAUAUUGCUAUUAUUAUAAUAGAUACAUGAUAGCUCGACUCUACUUUGCCCACAACAUGUUUCCAAAUUUCAAUGUUGUGCUUCAUACAGUAAAAAUAACACGCACAAUUUCUCAGUAAAAUUGCGGAAUCGAUAACGGUUCCUUUUCCUAAAGAUAACUUCUAACCGUAAUUUCAAAUUAUUCGUGCAAAGCAUAAUCUGCGGGAAUAAUAAGUGUUUUCCUUGUCGCCUUGUUUCUGCAUCGCUUGAAUAAAAUUAGUGCCCGCAUUAUUUUUUUCUUUUCUUGGAUUAAAUAAUUAAUUAACUUUAACUAAUACCAGCAGUUUCCUAAUUUGCGAACAAAAACAUCUCACUUUAUUCCCCUACCUAACCGAUAUUAGUCGAUAGCCUACUACUAUUCCAACAACGCGCUGACGGAAUCAUCUCACACUACCCCUAUGACUUUAGUCAUUUAACACUUAGGUACUAGGUAUAUAGUAGAUGAUAAUUUAAAUUAAAUAAAUAAAAAUCCGCAGUACUUUCUUACUCCAUAAUAAUAAAAACGAUUAAUUUUAAUAAUCCGCGCUGUCCUACUAAAUAUUUCUAAUACAUUUAUACCUAAGCAAAGUAAACUUUAGUGUACAAUGUUUUGGGUAACUAUUACGUACAAUUUAUCAGUAAUGUAUUACUCAAAGAUAGUAAAAAUCAAAUCAGUUUAUUUUAAAUGCUAUCGAACGCAGAUAUUCAAAGCACGGCACACCGAAUGUUCUUCGUAUCGUUGGUCUGUUCAAACUUAUUUUUGAAACCUCAUUUAAUUUUGAAGGACAAUUAACAGCGGAGAUACCAGUCAUUAAAUAUAGCUACCGGUCAUUGUAACAUUGUAGAAUGAGACAUAUAGUUACUUGCACAUACAAGCUGAAACUAAAAGUGUGCAUAGAAUACAUUCAAACAAUUUCUAUAGUGUUUAAGAAUUCAAAGAUAAUUUGUGUACAUACAAUUUGAAAAUAAUACAAUUUAUAAACUAUAUAAAAAAUAUAAUAUUAAUAUUCGACGAAAACAUCGACGGCGCCGAUGUAAUUUCUGCUACAUUAGAGUAAGACCCUAAUAAUUAAAGAGUACCUACUUUAGAGUAUCUCUUUAAAAGACUAUUUUGCGAUCCAUCUUUGGCUAUCGCACAACUAAUUUGUUAAUACCAUAAACUCUAUCGUAUUGUUCGCAUUUUAAAUAAAUCAUAAAAUGUAUUUUAUAAAAUCAUUACCAGUAAAGAAGUGCCAUCCAAAAGAUUCGGUUAACUACCUUAGAGAUAAUAAAUUAAUAUUUUGCGAUGCAAGCGAAUUGAAUAUUUAAAUUAAGAGUAAAUACUAAUCUUCUGUGUAAGUUUAUGUAUUCUAGUAGUCAUUUUUGAGUAAAAAAUUAAUAAUGUUAAUAGAGAUUCUGCACUGGAUUUAAAAGUGUAAUACGGCACUGGACGAUGUAAUAUUUACUGAAUAGUUUAUUUGAUACCAUUAACAAAUACCUAUGAUGAUUGUAAAAUAGUUACAUAAUUUACAUAUUUUGGAAAUAUAGCGGAAAUUAAACCUCUUAAUUACCUAAUUGUAUCUUUUUAGGAAUCAUCAAAAUGAUUAAAGAGUUUUAAUCUCAUCAUAAACGUUCAUUGUGCUCAGUGCGACUUUUUUAACGUUCACGAUAGCGUAAAAGUUAACUCAAUUUUGUAUGCAGUUGGUACAGCGCCCCUAGCGGCAAACGUAGGCAAACGAUCCCAUUCCAUACAAUAACUUUUACGCUAUCGAGAACGUUAAAAAACUCGCACUAAGCAGACAGUUUUGUUUCAUAAUAAAAAGAUCGUGUAAUGUAUGCUUGAACAAAAUGGAUUAAAUUCAUUUUGUUCGCACAUUUAACGUAGGUACAAAAUAUUUACUUGAUAUGAUAGAAUUUUCUUUAAUACACCUGAUAAUUCUUCGUAGUAAUAGAUGUAAAGGCAGUGGCAUUAAUAUUGGUGUAAAUAAAAUUAUGACGCAGC